UUUGCGACCUUGGGCGUUUGCGUUCGUUCGUUCAUUCCGUAGACGUCAGCAAUCCACUCCUCGGCUGCCCAAUAGUGUGUCUGAGCUUUGUGCCUUUCCUAAUCGAGCAGAGGAACAGACUUAGCCGAUCGUCGAUCCUUACAAUCGUAUACGAGCAAUUGCCGUUCAUUUCCAUUUGGUCUUUUCUGUCUUCUGUCUUUUCUCAGUGCAAGGCAGGGUUCAAUUUGUGGUCUUGCAUGCUCUGACGAGUGACUUGUCUGACUGCAUCUUGCCGUAAUUACAGUCGGAUUCGUUGAGCGAAUUUCACAAUCGUCUGUACGUCUCAACCGACCACCACCUGGGUUGGGUGGUGGUAUAACUCCAUGCUAUAUCGCAUUUGUGCGACUCUGCAGGACCGUCGAUUCCUUUCAUUUUAGGAAAGCUCCAUUCUGCUUUCCGUCCUGAGCUUUUGCUCAUCUCCCCUCCCCCUCCCCCCUCUCUCUUCUUCUCCCAGCUUGUCCGUCUCUUUCUUCCUCUCGAUCUUCGUCUCUUCUUGAUUAAUCCCCGUCGUUUGUUUGUCCUCGCUCCUUUUUUUGAUCGAUAGAUCAACGGAUCGAGCAUCCGUUUCUGAAGCCGGCGAGGACAGAGAGAUCUUUGAAGAAGAAAAAAAAUCCUAUCCCUUUCGUUUUCCUUGGAUCCAUCCGGUUUCCGUCCGGUUUCCAAAAUAGGUAAUUACUAUUUAGUAAACUAACUGAUCGUUUACGUUGCCUGAGCUAUAGGACUAGUGGCGCGGGCAGCGCGUUACGGGCAUUCAUUUUGCAUCCUAUAUCUCAAGCACAAGUUGAAAUCCGACUCGAUCAGUAGAGGGAAGAUAAGGUGGUGGGGUGAAAGGUCCCUCCCUACUCAUUUGGAAUAGAACCGAACGAAGGAGUUCGUUUCGACAUCAAUUUUGCUCGUUGCCAGGUAUUGUAUCAUAGUACUUCGCCUCCGUUCGAUUCGAGAUAUAGACCUUAGCUUGCUCUGAUUGCUCACGCUCAGAUGCUUCUGUCGUCCAUUAAUAGGGUGAUUAUUAUAGACAUUAUUACUAUUUACUAGUAAGUAAUCUUUUGGAAUUUAGACGUGGUGAGCGGGCAAGGAACGACUUCGUUGAAAUUUUGCUGAGAACGAUCGCUUCGACGUUGAAGUUUGUCUUUUCCGACAAUAUUUUUGACCAUUACAGUAAUAUUCCGUUAGCCUCCGACCGAAACCAUAGCAUUCCGUUAUCAUAUUCCUCCAGAAUUCAGGUAGCUUUUCUUCGUUAGCAUUGUGGGUUAUAUCAUUUUUUUUGCGAUGGCGGCGUCGCACAGUGCGUUCGGUGCAGACACAAUGAUCCUGCUGUUCUUUGUGAGCUUUCUUCUGCUGGUUGGAUCCCCGGUCAGUUCCGUGGCAUCUGCCUCGACAGUGGAAGCAGAGGAGGGCUCUGGCGCACACCGCAAGCUUCGAAUCGAGCGACAGCAGCGGGAGCAGGAGGAGAUGCCAGCGGUACAGAUGAACGUGGGGGAAGAACCGAAGGCAGAGAUGACCUCGGCCGCUCUUAAUGCAGCGGAGGGAAGCCACGAUUCCGCCUUGCGCCAGCGGAGAACGGAGCAAGUCUUCCAGCGCAACUCCGCGCCGGUCACUCGGCGGCGCCUGGAUGCGCUUUCGGGACCGUUGUUGCUCGUGCAAAGGUUCGGCAGCAGCGGCGGCGGCGGAGGCGGAGGUUACUUCGGCUAUGGCCAGAGCACGAGCGGUGGAGCCGGCGGUGAGGUUGUCUACGUCACUAGCUAUGAAGAUUCUGGUAUCAAUACUCUGAGGUACUUUUGCGGGCUCAGCGGCGCCAAGAUCAUCAAGUUUCAGGAGGACUGUACUAUUGCCCUCAAGUCCCGUGUGGAAUGCACGAACGACAAAACCGUUGACGGCUCCGGUUAUCAGGUCAGGAUUACUGGAUGGGGUUUGAGUGCCAAUAGGGUGAGUAAUGUGGUGUUUAGAAAUCUGUGUGUCAAGAACACAAGACUGGAUGGAAUCACUGCCCGCUUGUCUUCAAAUAUCGUGAUUGAAGGAUGCAGUUUUUCUGGAAUUGGAGACGGCGCGGUAGAUAUCAUCACUCAUUCGAGUGGGGUAUCGAUCUUGCGAAAUCACUUCAUGGGCAUUCUGAAGACGAUUCUCGCCGGCAAUUCCGAUUCAGAUUCGGGGGAUAAAUCUAUGACCGUUACUGUCGCAUUUAACCACUUUGACAACUGCGGUUCAAGACAGCCGCGAGUUCGCUUUGCGACGGUGCAUGUUUGCGCGAACGUGUACUCGAAAUGGGGUCAUUACGCGAUCGGAGCGUCCAAGGGCGCGAGACUGCUGGUUGAGAACUGCUUCUUUCAUUCUGGCGGGAAUGAGUAUGUCAACAACUUUCACGAAGGAGAAAACGAUGGCACGGUGAUCGAUUAUCGUAACAACGAGUACAAUGGAGCGAAACUGCUUCUUCAGUCCUUGGGCUCCGUCGACGUGCCAAAUAGCUGUCCGGCAAAGUCUGAAAGCUCCAUCACUAGCGAAGCGGGUGUGCCUUACGCGUGUUAGGUAGAGUGAGAAUAUUGUAAGAGUAAAAGGUCGUGCCGUUGUAGAGAAGAGGAAGAGAGUAGUUGUAAUUGUGUGGAGAGAGAGAGAGAGAGAGAGAGAGAGAGAGAGAGAGAGAGAGAGAGAGAGAUGUUGUACAAGUGCAUGACGUUGUAGAGAAGUGGAAGAGUACUUGUGACUGUUUUCGGAACGUGGAUUAGAAAAGGCUUGUUGUACAAGUGCAUGACGUUGUAGAGAAGUGGAAGAGUGUACUUGUGACUGUUUUCGGAACGUGGAUUAGAAAAGGCUUAUGGCUGAUCGUAGGGAAGAAGAAGCUGAGCGCUUUCUUGCGUGGGCUUAGUUACGUGGAAGGGAAGCCAGUUUGUUGAUCGAUUGUCUAGGUCGGAUUAUGCCAAGCCGUACUAAGGUUGUACUAUUCAGUACACGCAGGACGUUGGGUAACGGAACUUGGUAGUGUGUAUUUUUUAUAUGAUAUGCGCCAGAAACGUGCGUACCGGGGAUCCAACGGCUUAAGUUAUAACGGAGUCAUUGGGAUUUUCAAGAAUGGCUUCAGCUAACGGAACCAUCGGCGUUCUGAAGACCGCGUUUAGCUAACGGAACCAUCGCAACGGAAACAUCGGCAAUGUCAAGACCAGCUUAACGGAAGUAUCGGCAUUUCCAGACCAGCUUAACGGAAAUAUCGGCAUUUUCCAGAUCAGCUUAACGGAAACAUCGGCUUUUUCGAGGCCAGCCUCAGGGAAACAUCGGCAUUUUCAAGACCAGCUUAACGGAAAUAUCGGCAUUUUCAAGACCAGCUUAACGGAAAUAUCGGCAUUUUCCAGACCAGCUUAACGGAAACAUCAGCAUUUUCAAGACCAGCUUAAGCUAGCGGUAGCUGUGGCAUAGUCAUUUUCACGGCCAGCUUAUGCUAACGCAAGCCGUGGCAUUACGACAACCGGCUUAAGCUAAGGUAUGAACAUUGGCAUUGUCGAGGCCAAUACACGACCAUGCAUCGGUCGCCGGGCCCCGUCAGCGCGACUUUAGGAGGCUGGAAACGUGAUAAAGGCGUUGAUGAAAUGUACCGACCGCGCCGGCGGGGCGCCGGGGCCCGACUUUAAGGGUAUUAAAAAAAGUAGAGAUUACCGACCGUGGCUCGGGCCCGAAAUUUCCUGAGUAGGCCACAAGUUUCUUUUCUGCAACGGUCAUUAUGGCUGCGUCUGGACUGGAAAAUGGAUCCAAACAGCGCUACAUGGAUCGGGCAUUAUAUUAGGGUAAAGACGUGAGCGGUUUUAGCUCAUCGCCGCUAGCGGCUUAAGCUAACAUUGAAGCGGUGGCAUUUUCAUAACCGGCAUAAAUCAACGGACGCAUUGGCAUUGUCCAGGCCAAGAUCUAUAGGCCAAGAGCUAUAGGCCAGGAGAGAUCUAUAGGCGAAGAGAGAGCUAUAGGCCAAGAUAGAGGUAUCGGCCAAGAGUUGUAGUUAGUUUAUUGGAUUCGAGGCGGGAUGCUAUUCACGUGCUUCAUCGAUCGAAUCCGAAAACCAUGUCGUCGCUAUUGUCGACCGCUCAUCAAUUUUUUUUUUUUAAUUACUUUUUUUCUGGGACCGCUCAUCAUUAUCGAACGCUCUCAUGAGUAUAGAUCGACUUCUUUGCAUUCCGGGAAAAGGAGGUGAUUGGAAGAAGGUUACGUGAAAGUUCGGCUGAAGCUGAGCUGUGGUGGGUGAAGGAAGGCUAUGCCCCCCGCCACCACCCCCACUCCGUCGUUGGACUUAUUCUCACGAGUUUGUCUUCCCUUAUCUUAAAUACCGUUUACUAGUACCGAGGAGACUAAUAGCUUGUCGAUGGGCAAAGUUGAAGGAGUAGGGGACUUCGACGAGGAGAGAAGGGAGGGGACUUCGACGAAAGGAGGGAACUUGAAGGAGGAAGGAACUUCUGGAAAAUGAGGGAAGCUCAAAGAUGGAGCAAGCAGGAUUCUUGCUGACGUCCGACUUAUCAUCUUCAGUUUUGUCUGCAAUAAUAUGUUAUUUAUCCCUGAUAACGUUGUAAGGAGAUUAAUAGUUCAUCAUGUUUAUCGUCAAAGCUACAAAAUAAUAAUAAUAAGAAUAAUAAUAAUAAGAAUAAUAAUAAGAAUAACAAGAGUAAGAAGAGUAAUAAUAAGACUAGAGGGAUUAUUAUUAUUAGUACGGAAAAUACAUUGAUUAUUAGUACAGAGAAUAUACAGGGAUCUUGGAGCACCUUCCUUCUUCUUCAGGACUACCAAGAUCUGCGAUGACGAGUUUUUUUUUUUUUUUUUUUCAUUUCUUUCAAUAUCUUUAGGCAGGUGUUAACCAAUCUGCGGCCGAAGCUGUUGUGGGGGGUUUGCCACAAUAGUGUAGAAAAGUUUUUUUUUUUUUUUUUUUUUUUUUUCGUGGAAGGAAUGUGUAGAACAGUAAGUAGUCUGUCCGAUUUAUUGAUUUUUCCAGUUUUUUUUCUUUGUUUUUUUUUCUUCGGGGAAGAAAUGUCAAGCACUCGUGAUAUGACCAAGGCGUAGCGGACGCGUUGAUUGAUUUAUUGAUUUUUCCAGUUUUAAUCAGAGACUGAUGCCGAGAGAGAGAGAGAGAGAGAGAGAGAGAGAGAGAGAGAGAGAGAGAAAUGGCUGACGACGUCGGACGCUGAGGGCUGCAUUGGAUCUGUAAGUGAUCUGCGAGUACGUGGUUGUUGGUCGAUUUAUUGCAGACUGGAUUUUCUGCGCAUAUCACUCACACGAGGAGGUUUUCGACUGCUCUCUGGGCGUAUUUCCGGUCACAUUCAUUCGGUACCGGCCCGUACUUGAUGUUAGAUACAUCCAGCAGCGAUGCCCUCCGUAGCGUGAGCACACUCCCGUUCUCUCAUAAUGAGAUGGUAGGGAGUGGGUUGGACGCCCAUCGUUUUUUCUUGGUAUUCUCGGCUAUCGUCUCCGUGAAACUUCUCGUGAAACUUCGUCCGUGCACGGGAAUCGCUUGACGAGAUUAUGAGGCCUUUCUCACGUGGCGACUUUCUUAGAUGUAUGUGACCGCAAUUACAGCCAGCCAUGGAUGCAUCGGACCGCAAUUACGUCCACAGAGAAGUCGUAAGAUGUCAUUCUCAGUACCCUGAAAGAGGGCCCACGGUGCAAGAGUUUGGGAAGCCCUGAAAGAGGGCCCGCGGCGCAGGAGUUUGGGAAUAAGGCCCAUUAUAAGGGACGUGAGGAAAAAGUGGCGUGAAUUGCGCCUUGAGCUUCACCAGUGUUUGUUCUUGAAUCUCGACGUGCUCUAAGCAGAGGUUCAGCCAAGCAGAUCAGUUGUGAUUACCUGCACCUCUUCCACAUUCACGUCCAGAUUCAGGCGUUCGUUUCAGUUCUCUUUGCUACGCACAAGGAGUUUCUCUCGGACUGUUUGCAUACAGGGAGAAAGACUGUGAGUGCUGUUGACGAAAGCCGCAGAUCACAUCGACGCAGAAUCGAGUCCUUAGUAGGACCCAUGGUGACGUGAAGAAAUUCGGAUCCGAGCGGAGUAAGGAAGAGCUUUCAUCGAACGGACUCCAGAAGUGACAACGUAAUUGCUGUUCAAGAAAUCAGGAGGUGAAGGAGAGACUCUGCGUGCAGGUCUUUCAGACUUCUGUUCAAGAAAUCAGGAGGUGAAGGAGAGACUCUGCGUGCAGGUCUUUCAGACUUUCACUUGUUUAUCCGUUGGUUUGUAACAAUGAACCGCGUACGCGAGAAUAUAGCUCUUUUCUCUCUCUCUCUCUCUCCCUCUCCCUGUCUUUUAGUAUCUAAGGUUUUCGUCCCCUGUGUUUGCUUCCAUUUCUCUCUCUCUCUCUCUCUCUUUUCACAGGCACGAGGUCUUAGUCCUCUUUGAGUUUGCUUUACUUUCUCUCUAAACUCUCUCUCUCUCUCUCUCUCUCUCUCUCUCUCUCUCUCUCUCUCUCUCUCUCUCUCUCUCUCUCUCUCUCUGUGUUUCUCCGGGAGGAGAAGAUUUUAGUUCAGUCUGGAGUGGAGACGCCACUACCUAAGUGCUUUGCUUUUUCUGAUGUGCAAUUAUUGGUUGGCCGAUCGUUGAUUGGUGCUAUUGGCAAAUGCUUGAUCUCUGUAGAGGAACUAUCUAGAGGCUGGAAAGGACGAGAUUUGAAGAUGAGAAUUCUUUCGACGGCGGGUGUGAAGAGUGGGUGAGGCUCCAUCUUCAACCUUUCCGUCUUUGUAACAUAGAGGUUAGGUGCGUCUGCCGCCGUCCGUCUUCCUUGUUUCUUCCGCAGUCCGUUUUAGGAAAAUUCUUACGACGGUACUGUGUAACAGUAGUAUUCUAAGCUGCUUCUUCUUCGCAUUCUUUUUUUUUUCUUCUUCUUUUGGCAAGUGUAAUCGAUUUAUAUCGCUC